AUGUCACUACAUUGGGAAGGUAGCAACCCACCAUCACCACCACCACAGUCCAUUGUCCAUAAACAAAAGUCGAGUGCGGAGCAGUCGAUGUUUGCAGCGUGCCUCCGAGCCAUAUUACUUUCAUGGCUCAGGAGGCGCGGAUACCCAAUUCUGCAACCCACCUCCGGCCACUCCUUGCUCAACUCUAAAUGCCACAACCGCACGCAAGCGGCUCAGAUCCUUUUCAAGCUUUUCCAAAACACCACUGGGGGAGUUUUAAAGUUGCACUUCGGGUUGAAUAAGAGGGAUAUAUUCUCCAGAUGGAUAUUACAUACAUUUGAGGAUUAUGAGACAGACAAAGGCAUUCCUUCAAUAACACAUGCCCAUAUCGAUUGGGCCUAUAACCCGGAUACAAUAACAAACCCAAAUAAUUCACCCUAUAUCUUGUCUUGCACCGCCCUUCAGCUUUACAAAAGUGUUUCGAGUUAG